AUAACCCAUAUAGAAAAUCAAAUCAGUGAUACAGAGGCUGAGUAUACUGAGGACAAAAUAGUUAGGCCGACAAUCAGUAAGCCCUUAUCGGAACGGAAAGACAAUUCACUGUGUGCAAAGAACCAAUUCAAAGCUGUCCAUGCGAUGUUCUUUUCAAAAUUUUGUAGAAAUUCGAUUAAAAGAAGUGAUGGAUUUGAAAUAAAUGAAGUAGACAGAUUUGGUCGGCUUCUUUCAGUGCCAGCUAGUUCCAACAUUAUCGCAUUCUCCGCCUACAUGUCGGCUACACUGCCUGCAAAGCUUGCAGUUGGACUGCACGUGCUUGUGUUUGAUGUGGUCAGUACAAAUUUGGGAAAUGCUUAUCAUCCCACUACAGGUGUUUACAUCGUGCCUGAAACAGGUGUCUACAUCUUUACCUGGUCAUUCCGGAACCAUGAUACUGGUUAUCAUUCUGUGCAAUUAGUCAAGAAUACGGAAAUAAUUACAGUUAUUUAUUCGAGAACAGUGGCCGGUUCACAUAACCAGGCUACUGGAAUAACGCCUGUUUAUGCAACGAAAGGAGAUGACGUCUUCAUAAGAACACAUAGAUCAUUAAGCAACGGGGACAUUGUAAGUGAUGAUAAUGGAAGGUCGUAUUUUGCAGGAUGGAAACUGCAAUGAACAUCACUCUAUCGUACAUAUACACCCUACAUGCUUAGAAAGAAUAAAAUAUGAACUAUA